AACUCGAAUCAUGGCGGACGGUUCACAAAAAGUUCAGUUCAAGCAGGAAACCAUUUCCAAACUAUUGAACUUGCAUUUCAAAGAUGAGAAGACAAAAGUGAGCACUGAUGCAGCAAUCAUGGCUUCUGAGGUCACCAGGAUAUUUGUUGCAGAAGCUAUACUGAGGUCAUCGAAAAGGGCUCAGAAUGAGUCGUCAAACAUUAUAAAUAUUGACCAUUUUGAGAAAAUUCUACCUCAGCUGCUCCUUGAUUUCUGAUGCUGUGCGGACCAACCUUCCAAGGAUGGGAAAGAACAUUGCAUUUAGGUAUAUUAUGGCUGACAUUACUCGGGGAAGCCAAGAUAUGUCAACAGGAAAGACUGGCAUGUGUUGGGAGAACAGGUGGUGCACAUUUCCAUUCAAAAGCCUGGGCGGUCUAAAAGCAGAUUAUGGAGCAAGACGGUUCUUUUACGGUAUUUCUCCCAAAAAUACAUUUAGGAGGAGCUAAAUCAAGCUGACACACUUCUUUUUUCCUUUAAAUAAGGAACAAAGACUACUGUGUUUUCAAGAC